GUUUUGAAGGCAGUUUUUUUUAAUGGAGUGUAAAGUGUAUGCAUGCACGCGCACGUACAUGAACGCUGUCGCUCUCACAUACACACGCGCGCGCUUUAUUUAUUCUUGAGCAUCAUGCUGGAUAGGAUACGGAUUUUGGACAAGAGGUGGAUGUGAGCGUGGUGGCGGCGGUGUGCUGGAUGUGGUCGCGGCCGGACAGACUAAAACCUGCGCCUGGCUCUACCCGGAACCAUUAUGCAGACAGGAAACAACCAUUUUAAGGCCAGCAGCAUCCGAGGAGCCGUCGUCUACAGAGGGGGGGGACACCUAAAGCUGACACGGGGCGGAGAGCAACCAGCCGGGGAGAAAAGAGGGAAUAACACGACGAGAACAAAACAAAGGCUCCGUGAGAGGGAAGAGGACCAGUGAGCCACUCCAGCUGCAUGACUCUGCUGUCACACAGACAAUGGACUUAUCGUGGCAGGCCAGCGGAAACAGUUUUUGUUAGCGAGAGAAAAGCAGCCCUCCCGGGCCGAUGGAGAGCCAGGCCUCUCACUCCGCUUUUCCCUGGAUGAAGAAAAAGGCCCCGCUGACAGGCUUUAGGGACCCCGUUCUCGCGGUGCACAGCCACCUUCAUGUGUUCACAUUCUUACUUCCUUGAUUCUGAGCCUGUUUUUUUCGCACCCAGACGUCGCAUGCUACGAGAUUGUGGACCUGAAGUCACAGGUUGUCCCCGGACUGUCCUCCCCCCUCAUUCAGCGCCGUGGUCCAGCCAGCAGGGUGCUCUAGAUACAGACCUGUGGAUCAGCCGGCUCCUCGAAGAUCUCCUUGACUGGAAGGCCAGUGAAACAAUGGUUCAGCCUGCACAGAAAUAACGGACACACUCCACUUUAUGGGACUGCUAUGGAACAUUCUAAAGAAACACUACAGACUCUGUUUUCUUUUUUAUUAUAGUUUAGUAUAUUUAUGACAUUUUGUUUUUGUUUUUGUUUUUUUGUUUUUUAAGAAGCAUUUGACGCUUCGCUCUUUAGCGACACAUUCAUGUGAGGAAAAUCAGGCUUUCGGUGGAUUAUCGUUGCCUGUCGGACGCUAGCAGGACUACCUGUGAAAAUCAGACCGCCGCAGGUUUGAUAAGGGCUCACUGCUGUUUCCAGCAGCUGCAAACGGGUUGUGCCGCCCCUGAGCGCAUUGUCACAGCUGCAUUGGGAGAUGUUCCAGUUCAGCAAGUACCCCAUGGACAUUUUAGAAAUGCUAAGUGGACACCAAGCCCACCAGUUCAAAGGCCUUGGAUUAGAACGACAACUGAGCCACCAACAGCAAGUGCAGCUGCAGCACCAGCAGCAGCUGCAACAACAACACCAACCCUGUGGUGACACAUCUGGAAGCCUCUUGUCAGGCCUCGGCCUUGGGUCCCUCCAAACCUCACGGAGCAAUGCUUUCGCAGACUCCUCAUCGUUGUUUGCCAAAAUGAGUGCUCCUCCUCCAUCCAUCUCCCACCAGAGCCAGUCGUCCACGUCGUCUCACAGCUCCAGGAAGUCGAGUAAGAUGAGCAGCAGUAGCAGUAGCAGCAGCAGUGGCAGCGGGAGCUCCUCGUCGGGGUAUCCCCAGUUUCUGCGGCCUUUUCACCCUGCUGAGGCGGCGCUGGCUCAGGAGCAGCUCCACUCUGGGAUGGGACGUUUCGACUUUGGUGGGAGCAGCAGUGGAGGAAGCGCAGGAGUCAUUGGGGGCGUUGUCACACCUGCACCCCCGCCUCCCCCGCUCCAUCCAGGUCUCUCAGUGCCCCAGCCCGCCUCUGGCCCUUCUUCCUCCUCACCCUCACCCUCCACCUCUGCUUCCGGCUCCAACAACCCCUCUGGUAGCACUGCGGUCCCCUUAGUUGGCCAGUCCGAUCCUCGCAGUCUCCACCAGCAGUUCAGCUGCAUGCUUGCUGCUAACCAGUACUUCCUGUCUGGCGUUCCCACUAGCAGCAGCCUAGAGCAGUUCCUCGUCCAGCAGGGCACUCACAACCACCUAGGUUUGGGCCUUGGGCAAGGCGCCUCAGAGUCAAACUCAGCACUGGCUGCUCCUCCUGCACUCCACUCCUCCCACAGCCACACAGCUCCACAGCCUCAGCAGCAACAGCAGCAACUCACCCCACACGCCUUAUCUCAUCCACACAGCCACACUCACCACCCGCACCCUCUCCACCCAGCCCCGCAGCCGGCCCCACUGGGCGGUUUUGAUUUCCAAGGCAUUCCUGUCCUCUCCUCUAACCAGAUAGCAUCGCUAAUGCAGCAAGAGGCUGGCCUCCCCCUCCCGCUGCCCCUGCACCUGUCCCUCUCUAAAGAUGAUGGAGCAAAGUCCGUAGACAGCUCGUCUACGUCAGUAUCGAGUGGGGGUAGCAGGAGAAAGAAGGCAAUGGCGGGUUAUCUGCCCCAGAGGAAAACGGACAGUAGCAGCCACAGUCACAGCAGCAGUAGUGUUAGCAACUGCCACAACAGCAGCUCGAGUGGGCACAGUCAGAGCUCCUCAUCGGGCCUCGUAGGAGGAGGAGGGUCUGGGGGCGUCAGGCUAAGUGGCAUCGGAAGUGAACCGCAGCAUUCCUCUCUCCUCUCACCGUCCCCGCAGCAGCAACAGUCAUCCUCCACUGUGUCCUCCUCCUCAUCUGUUCCCACCUCCUCAAAUUCCACCUCUGUGCUCGUUGCCAACGGAAACCAACAGCUGUCCAAAUCCCAAGAAAAUCAUAACAGCAUCUCAUCAGGCCAGACAGAACCAGAACCCCUUUACCACUGCGGUGAGUGUGGUAAAACCUUCACCCACCUUUCGAGCCUACGAAGGCAUCUCCGCAGCCAUGGGUUGACGCCAGAAAGCCAAAGCAGGAAGUCGGACUGUAACUCACCAAGCCCAGAGAGGAUAUUCUGCUGCGGCGAGUGUGGGAAGAGAUUUAAAAAGAGAGGUCACCUCAUCCAGCACAGUGUCACCCACUCAGAAAACCGGCCUUUUGUCUGCAGCAUCUGCCAAAAGUCCUUCAACCGUCGAGAGUCACUUACGAGACACGAGAAGAUCCACGACGAGAAACCUUUCCGCUGCCCGGCGUGUGGGCGUUGUUUCCGUGAGAGCACCUCUCUCCUGAACCAUGCCGCUUCAGGUGCUUGUGGCAAACCUCCACGCAGUUCAAAAAACAGGGCCAGCAGUGCAGGGAGUGCAUCAUCCAACCCUAGCAGUAAAAUGGAAAGUAGAAGUGACGGCGUAGGGAUUUCAAGUGAUGGGGCAGCGAUGGCCAGUGACAAAUAUGCAACAGAUUAUUCCAGAAAUCGCUACCAGAGCCAGUCGUCCUACAACAGCAGCGGUGUCGACGACUACAGACGAUCCCAGCCUUCAUCUCUGUAUCCCUCAGAAAGCACAUUAGCCAAUGAAAUGACCAGCCAGACCCUCCGCAAGGCCCCUUUAGCCCCAACUCUUCACCCCCACCCACAAAGUCAGCAACAUCACCACCACCAUCAACAGCAACAACAGCCGCACCUUCCACUCUCUUCCCUAUUGGAUGAUUCAGAAGAUGAGGUCACCAGCAGUGCAAUGUCAGCCAUCGCUGCUGCAGCCGCCGCCUCGUGCGAUAUAAACACAGAAAGCCGGGAAGGAGAGAGGAGGGAUAUCAUUGGAGGCCUAUUGGGGGGGUUGGGGUUUGGUAACCUAGGUGGACCGUCAUCCACCUCCACCCUGAAUGGUUCCACCAUGCCGCUGACCCACCCCAGCCAGCCACACACAAAGCCCAGGAGGCCACGGAAGCCCAGAGAGAAAAGGGAUCCCAACACCAUCGUCAGGAGGAGGAGGAGCCCAGCACCGCCAGGUGACGGAUCAGAAAGGCCGUACGGAUGUCAGAUAUGUGGCAAACGCUUUAGGAGGGCGGAGACUCUGAGGCGCCACAACCGUGUCCACACAGGGGAAAAGCCUCACGCGUGUGACGUCUGUGGCAAGAUGUUCCGCGAGCCUUUCCACCUCACCAAGCAUCUGACUGUACACUCGGGUCAAAAGAACUACAAGUGCAAUCUGUGCGGGAAGAUGUUCGCCUACGCUCAGAGCCUCGUGAGACACGGGAAGCUGCACAGAAGAGGAGAAAUCGACAACCAGGGGAGGAGGAUAAAAGGUGCUGCUGCCGCCAUCAGCCAAGUCGCCAACACGGGGAACUCUGACUUCUUCUCCUCCUGCUCUCAAGGAGAAAAGUCUCCAACGUCUGGCACACCAUCACAGAGGCUUUACACCUGCACCGUUUGCUGGAAAUCCUUCCGUCACUAUUUCCACCUGACGGCACAUCAGCAGACUGUCCAUGGCGGCAGGGUGGGGCUGGAGAAGUCCUUUCGCUGUGAAGUGUGUGGCAAAGCCUUUGCUUAUUCUAACAGCUUAGUGCGGCACAAGCUGUCUCAGCAUGGCAUUGACCGCAACGGUCAGCGCGUGAAUCAGAACCAGCCCUCUGGAUACUCCCCGCUCUUCUACGAUUCUAAUUCAGCUCCCAACUACGCUGCUUCCUCCCACUUGCCACAGGGGACAUCCGGACAGCAACCACCACAACAACAACAACAACAACAACAACCGCCGCCGCCGCCACCACCACCACCUCCUCCUCCGCCGCCCCCGCCACAACAGCAACAGCAGCAGCAGCAACAACAACAGCAACACCCGCACCCUUUUUACUACCGCCCAAAAAACUACCAAAAGCGUCAUGGGCAGACAAGAAAGCACCGGAAGAAAAAACGGCGAGUAGUGAUCCAUAGCAUCAUGAGGGACGGAAAGCUGGUGGGUGUGCCCCUGAGUAAAGACACGCGCAGGAAGCUGAUGAUUCUGAGAAAGAAGAGGGGCAGACUACAGGCUCAGCUCAACAAAAAAAAGCUCCUGGCACAGUUGAGGAUAAAGGGCAGUGUAAUGAAGGUGAAGUCAUGGUGCGGUGGCGCCGUCAGGGUCACGGGGCUCACAUCGAUGGACGUCCCCAUCAAACGCUUCCCCUGCCCCAUCUGCCCAAGCACCAUGUAUGCCAAGCAGGGUUCUCUGCUGGUCCAUCACGCCAUUAGGCACCCACCUAGGAACUCAGGCCGCCACGCCCGUCUGCGGUGCCAGGUGUGUGGGAGGCGCACCAGUUCGUUACACAAAGCCUUGAAACACAGGGGCCAGCAUCUUAAACAAGCUGCAUUCCAAUGCCACAAAUGCCGACACCGUUUCUGGAACCCGCGGCUACUCGCCCGCCACAAGUUCUCUUGCCGGGCGGCGACCGCCAGCAGUGGGGGUGGGAGCUGGGGACUGAUGAGAUCUCCAUCGUCAGAUGAUGAACAUUCACCAGUCCAACUGCCAGUCCCAGGUCUGGUCCAGCCUGAGAGAUCAACGGUUCUGACUGACUACAGUCAGUAAACAGAUUUUUUUUUAGAUUAGAUUGUUUUUGAUGUUUAUUUUUUUUAAAUAAUCCAAGAAGCAAGCAAGAGCUAGCAAGUUUUUAACAAAAAAGAAAAAAAAAGGUGGAAGUAUGGGGUUUAGUGUAACUACAGUAAUAACCUCGAGCCUUCCUCCUGUGUACAAUCCUAACUUACCACAGCAACGGUGGUCGAUAAAUUAAAGUGGACUUCAAAAGGCCCAAAAUCAGAACCACCAUCACAGGCUGUUUCCUCUUCCCCAAAGGUGAAGGAACUCAAGACCACAUGACUUUAGUAGCAUCUGUUAUUAAAAACAGAUUCGGCUUCCUGUCCAUCAUGUUUCUGUUUUUUGUUUUAAAUCCCCGGUCAGCAGUGUUUGGGCAUAAAUGUGGAUUGGAUGCCUUUUGUAGAGGGGGAUGUAUCUCGAGUAGUAGGGAUGCACCGAUAUUAAACAAUUUGACCAAAAGAAAUGCAGAUUUAUACCUACAUAUUUUAGUGUUUAUUUUUAUUUAUUACACAGCUCAACUAUGAAACAAAAGUUGAUUUUUUUUUUUUUUUUUUUUUUUUUUCCCCUCUGUAAUUAUGUUCUGCCAGGUUUGACCACCAGUGGAGGUAUGGGUGGAUGUUUGUAAUGAGUUGCCAGGUUACACGGACUCACUGCACCAUCUUGCGGCGAUAGAGGAAAGUACAGCCGUGGCGUAGUUCAUCUUCAGUUUGUCUUUUUUUUUUAAAAAAGCGGCUUUUAGAUAUAAAAUCACUUUUUUAUUUAUUACAUUUUGAAAAGUUUCAAAUUGUUUUUCCAACAGAGAUUUGGAUAAAGUUCUGUUAAAGUCUUCUGUUUUUCAUCACACUAUUUUUUGAACACUCAGCCAGCACAAAAGUAACGCAACACGACACACAAAUAUCAGUAAAUGCCUUCUUGUGUACUGAUAUCCCUCCAAAUAUCGGUGCAUCUCUAUUUUUUUAUUUGUAGUUUGCGUUCACAUUAUUCACCAGUAAACAGUAGCAUCUCUGUCUCUUGGUCUGUUUAUUUGUUACCCCCGUGGAAGAACUCUCUUUUUAUACUGAGAUGAAAUUUGCCCUCAAGAUAAAUUUAUCUUUAAUGGAAAAAAGAAAUCCUGACGUAAAACUAUUUAGUCAUUUUCAAUGAGCUUCUUAGGACAAUAAAGGUUUUGUUUGUCUAAAGAAACUGAAGGGAGACAGUUGGGACAAACAAAGUGUUGAUCUUGUUUUUAAUGUACACUACUUUGUUUUUGAAGAAGCGUGAACAGAGAGCGAGAACAGGAGCUGUUAAUGUGUUCGGGAUUUGAAAAGGAAGAAGAGAAAUAACCGGAGUGUACUGUACAAUUCGUAUUAUAUUUUAUUAUAUAUUGAUUAUUUGCUGUUUUUUACACCGAGUAUCAUUUCUUUUAUCAUUGUUGCUAAUGUUUGGGUGGGAGGGAACGAGUCAGGGACUGUCUUUGUAAAACAGCGGGAUGAGUAUAUGUAUCGAUGUGAUAUCCUCCCCCCUCCUCCUUGAGCCCCCUUUUACCUACUCCCUCAUUGCCACACUUGAUGCCCCAUUUUUGUAACAGAAGCGUGUACACAUAGUUCAUUACUUAGGUCCUGUCCAGAUGUGCGUUUUCUUUUACCUGUAAAACUAAAACAUGUAAUAUUAUUACUAAAUUACUAUCCUUUUCAUUGCCUAAAAGUGAGUUGUUGAAAACCCUCAAAUCGAAUAAAAAAAUCUGAAACAUUGA